GCAUUUCCACUCGGGGCAAAGCGUAUGGCGGCUCCCCCUCUGGGUUCAGGCUGUUUGUGUGUGGUUGACGUGUGCGUUCGCCUUUGUAACACGUUGGUCCACAGGCCUUCAACGCAUGCAUUUGUGUUAAGACACCGGCCACCAUAUUGGAGGAUCAACAGACACAGGCUGCUGCCAACGACUUAAAGCUUCAGAGACGUUUACGUCGUCUCACUCGGCUCAGCUGGUGAUUCGUGCCGUGAAGGGGAACCGCUUUGUCUUUGUUAACUAAAACAUGAAAACCUCCACUUUAGCCUCUUUGCACGUCUCAGUAGACGUCGGGAGCAGCAGCAACAAGGCCCAGUAUCAGUGUGACAACACCAGAAGGUCGCUGUAACCCAGAGACAUGAGACGAACUAGAGCAGCUCAGACGGCGCCUUUCAAUAAAUUAUUUUAAAAAUGUGUAAAAUAAUAUCAGCUGUACGCUGGUAAUGAUAGUAAUUUAACUACUACAUUCGACAGACGCUGUCGUAGUCUUGUGGAAAGUGUCUGUCGGCGCCCGUGUUUACCCACAACCCCCCGCUCCCGCGCAGAGCGCCGUUCGUCCUCGGAGUGCACGCGCUGUAGUGUUACGUCCGUACAUGGGGAUGACUAACGCUAAUAGCUGCUAGCUGCGUUGUUUAAGCUCACGCUUCAUUUGCUGGCUAACGAGGACGACGAGCGGGCGAGAGCGAGGCGCACGAGAGCCGCGGCCCCGACGUGACAUGCAGCGCAGCGCCGGGUCAAGCUUCGCACGCCAGCACGCAACGUGACCUUUUUCUUUCUUUUUUUUUUUUUAAAGGCGUCCCCGUGGAAACGUAGCCCACCAUGCACUCUGUGAACGGACGUGAGCGGUCCAUGUGUUCGCCGUCCGCCUCGACGCCUCCGCGGCUAAUUGAGGCCAUUGAAGCCGACAGCGGCGGUUCCCCCUCCGCCCCCGUUACCGUGUCGACCAGCAGACACCGGGUGGAGGUGCAAGAGUUCUCAGACGCGGUGCUGUCCUGCACGUUCCGCACCGAGAAGGACCAGAACCCGCGCAUUGAGUGGAAGAAGAAGGGCAAAGACGUGUCCUUCGUCUACUAUGAGGGGAACUUCAGAGGUCCCUUCGAGGGCCGGGCCAAGAUCGAAGGGGCCACGGUGACGCUGCGCAGGGUCACCCAGGACGACGCCGGGGAGUACCGCUGCGAGAUCAGCGCGCCCCAGGACUCCGUGAGCCUGGGCGAGACCAACGUGACGCUCAAAGUGCUGGUGCCCCCGCACACGCCGUCCUGCGACAUCCCCAGCUCGGCGGUGACGGGCUCCGUGGUGCAGCUGCGCUGCAGGGACCAGCAGAGCAUCCCGCCGGCCACGUACCUGUGGUUCAAGGACAGCAAGCCCAUGAGCCCGCCCCGCCACGCCAACGCCACCUACCUGAUCGACGCGCACACCGGACUACUGGAGUUUAGGUCCGUGGCCAAAGAGGACAGCGGACGCUACAGCUGCCAGGCAUCGAACAACGUGGGGCCAGCCAAGAUGUGUGAGGGCAAACAGCUGACCAUAGAGGACAUCAACAUCACGGCCAUCGUGGCCGGAGUGGGGGUGGUCGUGUUCCUGGUCGCGGCCUGCAGCUGCGGAGGCCUUCUCUUACACCGCAACGGCUUCUUCAGCCCAGGACACAGAGGAAGGUCAUUUUGGAUCUCCCAGUGUCACGGUGCAGCCCACAUCAGCAGCCAAACCCUGCACAGAACAGAGGACACAUCCAAUGUCAGCUACAUCACUCCGCCGCAAGAACCCCAGGAUUUUAAACACACCCAGUCAUUCAUGCUCUGAGAAGCUGGCCUUCCUGUGAGAAUACACAAUCAGUCGUGAAAGGUGCCAACACUGGAUUGUCCGACCCCUCCCUCCCCUCCUCGUUCUGGACUCUGAAUGAGCUCUUGUUCUUCCAUGCUAAUUUCAAUCUUCUUCCUCCAUCACUCGUCCGGAUGGGUUCUGACGAGCAAAUGUGCAAGGCUUUCUACUCCCGUGCUCUGCUGUGUGGUUUUGCAUUUGUCGUUGACGUGUUCUGCUGGUUAUGGGAUUAAAUAGAGCUUUGUGGUACUCUGCUCCCCCCUGGUGGUCACACGUUGACCCUCCAGUCGAGCUUUUCUAAACAACCCCCCCAGAUUGGUAGACCUUUACACGUUUUCUUCCCUCUGCAGGCCAAUUCUUUUCAUAUGGUUUUCUUUUACCAAAGACGGAUUGGGAGAUGUAUUUUUUUUUUGCUUUGAACGUUUGAUGGCGUGAAAGCAGUGUAAUCGUUUUAAAUCAACUCAAACGGAUACCGUUUACCUCAGCCAGUCAUUGUCUUCUACAGCACUGGGGCUCGGGCUUCCCGAGGCCACAGUGCCACAAUAGAUCCUCAUAAUCUUAGUAACAACCAGACAUAGCCAAUUUAGGAGAUCAGGAAGUCACUUCAGCCAAUUAUACUGAGACCAACCCCAUUCCAUCCUAAUGUGCCUGCAUGGUCUUUUUUAUAUACAUAUAUACCUUGUGCCUUUUUGAUUUGUCUGUCAUAUUUAUCUAUGAAUCACAUUUUUUUGUAAAGAACUUGCCUUACUUUUUCUGUCUUUAUAUUGUGCCACAGUUUAUCAAUGUAUAUCAACAUGGCGUGUGUGGUUUUAGACCGUGCGAAUGGGUUGUUCAGAGUUUUAUUUGAAUGGUGUAGCAGUAAUAAAGUUUUUUAUUCAAAACCAUAAUGCACUGUCAUUAGAAUUAUGCAAUACCUAAAAUACAGGUUUUGAUGAUUUCUGAUUAUAUAUAUCUUUUGAUUUGCAUAACUGAUUACAGAGUAUAGUAUUUUUGGGUAGUUAUGCUAAAUAUUACUAUUUAAAAAUUUGAAAAGAAUGUAAAAUGAGGGUCACGUGAUCAUAUUUCCAGACCCUGUUGAGGAACUCCUUGGCUUCACUGUGUUUAAGAACUACUGAAACCUCCCAAUUAAAUAACUGUCCCACUUCUUACUUGUAAGAAGGGAAACAGUGAAGAGAGGUAAAAGUCAAAUCCACACAGAAAAUCCCCAGCUGGUAUUUUCAGAUGAAGUCAGGACACUUUUACCACCAUAAUGCCUAUUAUAUGGCUCUAAAUUUUCAGUAACUGUAUGAACACUCAUUUUAAUUUUAAUACUUUUAAUACUGAAUCACUGCCACAUGUGCUUUUUAAAUCUGAUUGUUUAAUUUACUAACAAUGUAACAUAUUGUCGAGCUGCUGAUGUAUUUAAACUACUUUCACUAUUUGGGUGACCUGCCAAAUAAAAUUAGACAUUAUAAUCUUUA